ACAGUGCUGCAGUUGUAGUUCCGUUUUCUGCUUUUCUUUAUCUGGAGCUCAGCUGUUCGAGUCACCUUUCAUUCUUUCAUUCGCAUGUCCCGCGUUGUUUUUUCUUUGCGCCUGCUUCGCUGCAGACGAACAGGUAUUCCUCGUGACCUUGGCCAGUGCCAGUGCGUGACGUAACGGUCACUUCACAAGAAAAAGCGCACCGUUGCACAAUCGGCGUCCUUCCUUCGAAGGAGUGCACUUUCACUGCGAAGGACAAGAGGCAGACAGUGUGUGUGUGAAUCUCAACUACAGCGGCUCCUGCUUCAUAAAAUGAGCCAGUUGGAGUUGGAGUUGAGAAAUGAAGGUCGAUUCUUAAUCGCGCUCUUUGACAAUGACCUUUCGACUGCAAAAGACUUGCUGUCUGGCGUGGAGGGUCCACCCAUCGAUGCUGAUAUCCGUAUCAGGGUCGGCGGCGAGUUCAAGCCGGCGAUCUGUAUCGCUGUUGAACGAGAUCUUGUGCAAAUGGUGGAGCUUCUCUUGAAAUAUAACUGCAGCGUAAACCAGAGCUCCUCGAGUGGCAUGUCAGCGUUGCACCUUGCAGUUGCCCGAAGGAACAUGGCUACAGUGCAGCUUCUUCUGAGAAGCAGAGCCAACGUGCAUUGUGUUGACCGCGAUGGUCUAACUCCGCUUCACGUUGCAGCUUCCCACGCAGACUGUGAACUCAACAUAAUCAAGUCACUAGUGGCAGCUCAUGGAGAGCUUGAGAAGUGUGACCGCAACAAGAACACUCCGUUGCUUACUGCCUGUUACUCAAAUAAUGUGCACAUUGCACGCUACUUGAUCGAGAAAGGUGCCAAUGUGAAUCACGCUAACGACAGGGGCGACACACCACUACAUAUUGUCUGCAGUUCAAGUUCACCCUCCUUGACUCUUGUCGAGGCUCUACUCGAUGCAGGCGCCAAGGUAAAUGUGCAAAACAGCCUCGGACUCACCCCGCUGCUAUGUGCGAUCACCAUGUGCAGCAUCCAAAAGAGCACGGUCGAGAGACUAAUUUCUCAGGACCAGGACAUGACCGUCAGGUUCGGACCCAUGCGUGAGACAGUGCUGCACCUUGCAGUGCAGACCAGCGAGUCGGCAACCAUGGCUUUGAUUGCUUGCGGAUGUGACCCAGCAGUUGAAGAUGGAGUGCAAAGGACGCCAUUGGAAUAUGCUCUGGCACUGAAUCAUCCUUUACUAAUGUGGAUGCUGAGGGCAUGCCCCACACAAGGCCCAUCGUGGAAACGGCUCAAGGACAAAGCUCUGUUUUAUUGCCGUUACGGCGACGUGUCUGCAAGGCGGAUAGUUGAGGAGCUGCGGAAUGUUCCGCGGUUGACCCGUGUUUGCCGGUACGCCCUCAGGAAAAAGUACGGGUGCCACGCUGAUGCUGUGAUAUCGAAUAUGCAGUUGCCAAAACCAUUGCAGGAGUUUCUGCUGUUGAAAGUAGCCUGAUUUGUACUCUCGUUUCCAUAGCAGCUAUUUAGUGGGGCGGUUGCCAACAUUGCUAGUAAGGGUUGUUCAGGAAUUGUGGGUACGGACAUAAGUUUGCACAAUUGCACAGACAGCAUUUGUGGACGUGCGUUUUUGAUGCACUCGAUAUAUUCCCAAUUGUUGAGUUCUUCUUUGUUUGACCGUAGGAAGUACAAACAUCUGCUUGUUGCAGGAACAAAUUG